AAUUAGCAAAUAAUCAAUUUCCAGAGGAAUACUACAGACUGCAAUGAUAAAGACUUGAGUAAUGCAUGUCACUUGCUGUCUUCCAUGUCAGAGUUAUAAACUAAAAUCAUCUGAUGAUAAGAAACCACAGUUUAAUAUCUACAGUAUUUAGGUCAAACCUUGCAGAAGAGGUAUUUUGUGACGUCAGGCGAUAAAACAAGAUCUUUCAUGAUCUGUUMAUGCUUAAAGUGUGUUCAGGAUGACUCUCAGCAACUACGUCAAAUUUAGCUCCAUUACUAUAAAACUGACUGAAUUAAAUCCAUUUUUGUGCUUCAUAAGGUGAAUUAGGUGYGGUGGCCAUUUUGAAACGAACYGAUMCCAAAAUUUAGUCAGUUGUGAUGUUUACUUUUUUAGUUUUAAUAAACUCAGUCCAGUGAUUCAUGAGAUAUUUUGCUAACAAACGGACAAACACACACUCAUGGGCAAAUACAAUACUGUAGUAGUGGCAGUAGUAGCAAUAGCAGUAGCAUUAAUAGUUUAACAGCACUUGAGUCAACUGAAUGAAAUAAAAUGUUAAAUGUUGAGCCUGUUUUCUGGUAAAUGUUGACUGUUUUGGUUCACACCCCAACGAUUCCUCUCAUACAAACAGUGAGCGGCACCACACAGAAAUAUCUUUAAAGAUGGUGUUUCCAGAUAAAGUGAAAGUAAUCUCCAGCUCAUAAUAACUGAAAGUCCAAGUCGAAACAUGUUUAAGGASAUGAAUCCUGAAUGAUAUCUAAUGACAACGGUUUAAUAAGCAUUACCAUGCAGAAAACUUUCCCAUCCACCCUUGACAUUUUUUACACAACCACACUSGGACAGACUCACUAAUACCAACCGUUACAGCAAUGUGACAUUUGGUUGGAAAAUCUCUAAAAAUUAAUUAUMUCCUUUUGUGAACUGAUCAAAUUUGUAUGAAAAGRAAAAAUACCAAUCAACCUGUCACURUCUCAGUCACCCUCCAAACUGAAUGAAGCGUUAAGACUUAAAUAAUUAUGAUUUACAUCUACAAGMCUGGAUAACAUUAACACAAGAAUAAGCUAAUAUACUGUGAAGUUGGUCUGUGAUUUCAAAGGAGAGCUACGAAUUAUACAAACAUAGGAUAACAUUGUGUUUUUAUUUUCCCCUCUGUAUAUUUAAUUGUUUUUUAAUUUUUCUAAUAAUAAAGUGUACAUAAACGACAGGACAAAACUAAUUUUCCAGUCUUACCUUAAUAAUUGGACAUUUGCACAAGUUUAAUUACGUCGGUUAUUCUGUCUUAUGCAGCUGUCUCUUUGCACCUCCAGUCUUUUGUUUCUAUAUUUUAUUUGCUGUAACAUAUUUCUUUUCUUUGUGAUUCUGUAUAAACAGGUUAUUGUGCAACGGUCUCUUUCUGCUAAGAACAUGAGUCACGUUAAGGGAGCAUCGAUCUUCGCUGCCUAUCUGAAGAUGCUGUCUUUCAUCAUCAUCAUYCUCCCUGGAAUGAUCAGCCGAGCCCUAUAUCCAGACUCUGUGGGAUGUGUGGACCCCGAGGAGUGUGUGAAAAUCUGUGGAGCAGAGGUGGGGUGUACCAACAUUGCUUUUCCUAAACUGGUCAUUGAGCUCAUGCCAAGCGGCUUGAGGGGACUUAUGAUAGCCGUGAUGAUGGCUGCUCUGAUGUCGUCACUGACCUCCAUCUUCAACAGCAGCUCCACCAUCUUUACCAUGGACAUCUGGAAGAAACAUCGACCGCAAGCCUCUGAGAGGGAGCUGCUGUUGGUUGGCAGGAUUGUGACAGUGAUCUUGGUGGUGGUGAGUGUGGUGUGGAUCCCCAUCCUUCAGUCAGCCAACAGUGGGCAGCUGUAUGAUUAUAUCCAAUCAGUGACAAGCUGCCUGGCCCCGCCCGUCACCGCUGUCUUCACACUGGCGGUCUUUUGGAAGAGAACCAAUGAGAAGGGUGCGUUCUGGGGCCUGAUGGUGGGUUUGGUGGUAGGUGUGUGUCGGAUGGUGUUGGAGUUUGUCUUCCCCUCUCCUGGAUGUGGCGUGGUGAAUACGGCACCUAUGGUGUUGCGUGGCGUGCACUACCUCCACUUCGCCAUUCUGCUUUGUGGGCUCACCGCCGGAGUGGUCGCCGUGAUUUCCCUGCUCACGCCGCCGCCCAGCCACGAGCAGCUGUGUAACCUGACCUGGUGGACAAUAACUGAAGAGCGACAGAGAGACAUUCCCAUGCAGAAAGUGUCUGCUGUCAGCCACCG